UUUCUGCCCAUUGUUUUUCUGAAGGAGCAAGUUUUUCUAUUUGUUUUUCCUCAACAAGCAUACAUCGUGUACUUUGGGGUUGAAUUUGGAAUUUUUUUUGGAAACCGAAUGACUAUUGUCUUACAUAAUCCAGAUUGAAUAAAUACAAUUAUCAAUUUAACAUAAAUCUGGGAUUUUCCAACUUCUCACCCACAAAGCGAGUAUAGACAUCUCUGGAGUUGCAGCCCCGUCAGAAUGCAUGGUGACCGGCAUCACACUGAGGAUAUUGAACGAAGUCCAGUAGAGCUGUUGCCCAGAAAUCCAUACUGUUCGAAUGAAGGAACCCACUGUGGUUGUAGAUUGCCCACGGGGACCCUCCAGCCGCAGUGGGUUACAGCAAAACCAUGGUCACUCUGGAAAACAUUUCUGGUGUGUCUCUUGGCCUGUCUAAUUGCCACAACACUUGUUGUUCUGGUCUUAUAUUUUGUCCACUUCAGCAAGCCCGUCAACAGUACAACCAUCAUCAUUCACGCAGAUGGAAAGUUGAAUCGUGUCACCUGCAUCCCUGGUUCUACCCCAUCUCCUGCCUUAUCAACCCUGCCUGGAUCUCCUACCCCUCUGCCCAACCAAAGCUCCCCCACCAAGGUAUCUCCAUCCCCCAUAGAGACCACUAAAACAACACUGGAGCAUGAAAUUAUCAUUGAAGAACAAAAAUGA